UUGUUUAGAUCGUUUGCUAAUUAUUGUGCUUAUUGCGCCUAUUCUGGUGAAAGACUUCCCAUUUACUUUGUUCUCGGUUUUUUCGUCGACACAAUAGUUGCUCGUUGGUGGGAGCAAUUUUGCACUCUACCCUGGCCAGAUGAGUUGGCAAUGCUUUUGUGCGCCUAUUCAAGAGGAAAUUCAGAUCGUGUGCGCAUGCAAAGGCGUACCGUUAUGCGAUAUAUGAAUCUUGCUUAUGUUUUUGCUUCCUUUGAUUGCUGCUCUCGUACACGUUUGCGAUUCCCCUCAGAAUUUAGUCUCAUAUCAGCUGGUAUGGCAACCGAGCAAGAAAUAUUUACCUACAUUCACAGCGCUCCGUUAAAUAACGUACAAAGUUAUAUGAUGCCCACUAUCUGGGCAGAUAACCUUAUACUUCAAAUGCGUCAAGAAGGUUCAAUUGUUUCCGAUCGAGCUGUCGAAAUACUUCUGAAAGAAAUAAUGGAUUUUCGAGGUCGAUUGGGAACAAUACUCUGUUACGAUUGGAUCUCUUUGCCCUUAGUAUAUACUCAAAUCGCUACGCUGAUCGUCUACAGCUACACAGUCUCCUGUAUCUUUUCAUGGCAAUUUUCUGACGCUGAUGAUAUUGAUAUCUAUAUCCCCUUAUUUGGCUUAUUACACUUCGUCUUCUAUAUGGGUUGGCUUAAGGUCGCGGAAUCGAUGAUAAAUCCCUUCGGUGAAGACCAAGAUGACUUUGAACUUGAUGAAAUUGUUGAAAGAAACUUGCAGAUCUCCUUUCAAAUUGUGGACUCAAUGUAUGAUACUGUUCCCCCACUAAGCAGAGGUGUUGUGCUGGAUAACUUCGAAAGUGAUCGACGUGCGUCUGCUGCCAGUGUUGGACCACGACUAUCUACAGUAGGCAAUGAACUCUUCUCAGGAUCUCUCGUAAAUGUCAAUGUAAACUCCGGGAAAAGGACUUUGUCCAAUAUUUUUGGCAUCUCUGUUCAAGUUCGACUUAGAUCUCCAUCAGAAUUUAGCUUGGUCAAAGUCUGUGGGAACUAUAUUGACAUGUUUCUUUUCAUAUUCACUUGUUCUUGCCUCGGUUUCCAUAUUCCGACGUCUGGGCUUUUGUACUUCUUCCUUUACAUGGGCUGGCUGAAGGUAAACAUGAUUGAGAUUUUAAAAUAG